AUGUCUUCCCGACCUGACUUGAAGGUCGACGACGAAGUCGGCUUCAUUGGUUUCUACCGUGGCCUCCCUACGCCCGAUAAUGAUGAAACCAUCCGCGUAUUCGACCGAGGCGACUGGUACUCCUCGCACGGCGCCGAUGCCGAAUUCAUCGCACGCACCGUCUACAAGACAACAUCCGUGCUACGCAACCUAGGCCGCAGCGAAACAGGCGGCCUCCCCUCGGUCACAAUGAGCGUCACAGUCUUCCGAAACUUCCUCCGCGAAGCCCUUUUCCGACUGAACAAGCGCGUCGAGAUUUUUGCCUCGGCUGGCUCGGGAAAGAGCAACUGGAAAUUGGCGAAACAAGCCAGUCCCGGUAACCUGCAAGACGUAGAAGAAGAGCUCGGCAGCGUGGGUGCGCUGUCAAUGGAUUCUGCACCUAUUAUUCUCGCCGUGAAGAUCUCCGCUCGUGCAGCCGAGGCCCGGAAUGUCGGCGUGUGCUUUGCUGAUGCGAGCGUGCGCGAGCUGGGCGUGAGUGAAUUCCUCGAUAACGAUAUCUACUCCAAUUUCGAGUCGUUGGUUAUUCAGCUUGGUGUGAAAGAGUGUCUUGUGACCAUGGACGUGGCUCGCAAGGACGUUGAGCUGGCGAAGAUCCGGGCUAUCGCCGAUAGCUGUGGGAUUGCUAUCUCUGAGAGACCUGUUGCCGACUUCGGUGUUAAGGAUAUCGAGCAAGAUCUUACCAGAUUGUUGAGGGAUGAGCGGUCUGCCGGUACGCUGCCUCAGACGGAGCUGAAACUAGCUAUGGGGUCUGCGUCGGCGCUGAUCAAGUAUCUUAAUGUCUUGACUGAUCCUACAAACUUCGGCCAGUACCAGCUCUAUCAGCAUGACCUAUCGCAGUAUAUGAAACUUGAUGCCUCGGCCCUCCGUGCGCUGAACCUUAUGCCUGGCCCGCGGGACGGAGCUAAGAGUAUGAGCUUAUUCGGUUUGCUGAAUCACUGCAAGACACCUGUGGGGAGUCGUUUGUUGGCCCAAUGGUUGAAGCAGCCUCUGAUGGAUCUGGCUGCGAUUGAGCAACGACAGCAGUUGGUGGAGGCAUUUGUUGUUAACACUGAGCUGCGUCAGACGAUGCAAGAAGAACAUUUACGCUCUAUUCCGGAUCUUUACCGGUUGGCUAAACGUUUCCAACGGAAGCAGGCCAACCUGGAAGAUGUUGUCCGAGCAUACCAGGUUGCCAUUCGUCUGCCUGGAUUUGUGAGCACGCUAGGUGAUGUGAUGGACGAGCAGUAUCAGACCCCUCUAGAGACGGAAUACACGUCUAAGCUCCGUGGUUAUUCGGACAGUUUGGCCAUGCUCGAGGAGAUGGUUGAAACAACAGUGGAUCUUGCUGCCCUGGAGAAUCACGAAUUCAUCAUCAAACCUGAAUUCGAUGACGGUUUGCGAGUCAUCAGAAAGAAGCUGGACAAGCUGCGAUACGACAUGGAUAUGGAACACCGCCGAGUUUCUAAGGAUUUGAAUCAAGACAUGGAGAAAAAGCUCUUUAUGGAGAAUCACCGUGUGCACGGUUGGUGCUUCCGUCUCACUCGAAAUGAGGCGGGUUGCAUUCGCAAUAAGAAAGAGUAUCAGGAGUGUUCGACGCAGAAGAACGGCGUAUACUUCACUACAUCCAACAUGCAGUCCCUUCGCCGAGAGCAUGACCAACUGUCCUCGAACUACAACCGAACCCAAACUGGUCUUGUUAACGAGGUCGUCAACGUUGCCGCUUCGUAUUGCCCGGUUUUGGAGCAACUCGCCGGUGUACUGGCACACCUCGAUGUCAUUGUAAGCUUUGCCCAUGCUUCGAUGCAUGCGCCUUCCGGAUACGUUCGCCCAAAGAUGCAUCCUCGGGGAACUGGAAACACCGUUCUGAAGGAAGCUCGGCAUCCUUGCAUGGAAAUGCAGGACGAUAUCUCCUUUAUUACAAAUGAUGUUUCCUUGAUUCGCGAUGAAUCGUCUUUCCUCAUCAUCACUGGUCCCAACAUGGGCGGCAAAUCCACAUACAUCCGACAGAUUGGUGUGAUUGCACUCAUGGCACAGACCGGCUGCUUCGUCCCUUGUACCGAGGCCGAGCUGACCAUUUUCGACUGCAUUCUUGCUCGGGUUGGAGCCAGCGACUCGCAGCUCAAGGGCGUAUCGACAUUCAUGGCGGAAAUGCUUGAAACAUCCAACAUCCUCAAGUCCGCCACCUCGGAGUCCCUGAUCAUCAUCGAUGAACUCGGCCGUGGAACUAGCACAUACGACGGCUUCGGCCUGGCCUGGGCUAUCUCAGAACAUAUUGUCACUGAGAUCCGCUGCUUUGGCCUGUUCGCAACUCACUUCCACGAGCUCACUGCCUUGGCAGACCGAUAUGAAAAGGCCGUCAAGAACCUGCACGUCGUGGCCUUCAUUGGAAACGGCAACGAGGGCGAGAGUGAAGCUGAAACCGAGGAAAAGAAAAAGCGCCAGGUCACCCUUCUCUAUCGUGUGGAGCCAGGAAUCUGUGAUCAGUCUUUCGGUAUUCAUGUCGCCGAGCUUGUGCGCUUCCCGGAGAAGGUUGUCAAUAUGGCCCGUCAGAAGGCUGAGGAACUUGAAGAUUUCACCUCGGCAACAGCUGAAGAUGGGCAGGCACAGCUUCCUGCCCCCUCGCUUGACAAAUACUCCCAGGAAGAGGUGGAGGAGGGCAGUGCGCUCCUCAAGGGAAUGCUACUGAAAUGGAAGGCGGCAACCGAGGGCAAAGAGAUGACGACGGAGCAGAAGCGACAGGUCAUGCGUGAUCUGGCUCAAGCGGAUGGAAAGUUACAAGCAAAUAAGGUGUUCCAGGGUAUCAAAGCUCUAUAA